UGGCAUGUAUUGCUUGACGGUUUUGCUUUAAUUUUCUGUUUGAUUGUAUAGUUUGUUAAUUUUUGUUCGCUAAGUUUGAGUGCUGAUGAUGACGAUGUUUGGUGGUUAGUUGCGUUUGAAGUUCGGUACGGUUUGGAUGUUCUGUCGUUUCUCGCUUACAGCAAAGUGGAACUGUUUUUCACAGUGACCCCAUCAGGUGAAAGUUUGUUGGAUGUGAGUUUCAAACGUUUCGAUGUGACUUGUGCGGAUUUUGAUUACGGAAUUUGGCACAAGCCGAACAGUUACAAUAGAAUUUACGAAUUUUUUGUGCAGUGGAAAAUAGCCUCUUUUAUUCAUCUUAAAUAAAAUGAUGACACCAUCAGUAAAAGGCGUAACUAAAAAAUAGCUUUUAAAUUGGAAAAUAAUCAACUUGUGUCGAACAAACUGAUCCAACGAUUGCGGUUAAGGAAAAAAUUGGUUCAUAACCAAAAAUGAUACGCCUCAAAAGAGCAUCGUUCUGCUGUGCGGUUUCAAUACUAGCCCUCGUAAUUGCCGUCACGGACUCGAUGCACAUCCCGGAAGACAUGGAAAUUAUGGAAGGGUACGAUUUGGAAUCGGCUGGAACGGAAAUUAAUCCGGAGGACGAUUUCUACGAGCAGCGUAGUCUGUUGGAACCAUUCUUCUCUCGUGCGAUCCGAGACAAGCGGGAGGUUCCCUAUCGCGUUCUGGAAUCACCGGGAUUGAAAAGUCAUUUCAGACAGCCGUACUACGAUGAUGAUUUGAGGAAUAAAGAUGUUCAACAAUCUCGGAAACGAAGUCGUCGAAGUGUUGAAGCUGACACAGUUACCGCAACAGAGCCGCCGAAACCUACAGAAGAGCUACCGAACCCAGAAAAGCAGACACUGCAUCAGCGAACCAUAGAGGCAUGGGGUAAAACACCAUACAAGGUGAAGCAGCCGGUGGAAGAGGAAUCGGAUUCAGAACCGGAAGCUUCUAUGAUGAGCGAAGGGAUAAAGGCUAGAGCUCCAAGGGUAAAUUUUAUCACGCAGAAGAAAUCGCACAGUGAUUCAUCGGAGACUCGCGAAGAUAAAGUCAUUCCGGAGUUGUAUCGUAAGCCGUUAGCUAGAUUGUAUUACGAAUACCCAAGUAUACCGAGAAUAUACGAUUCUUUUCCGGCGCAUUCCCAGUCCCCGAUGUACCCGAAAAUCUACAACAAAUACGACGAAUAUCACCGAGAUAUGAUGGAUCGAAUGCAUCCACCAGCUCCGCAUCGCUACGACACCUACUACCAGCGUAGAUACGACACCGAUUACGAUUCAUACUUCCCGAGAUACUCAUUCCCCGGCUACUACUACUACCCGGACAAGCGGUUCGACGUCCCCUCGUACUACCGUGACCGCAACUAUCUUCUAACGAACGAUGUCAUGGAUCCACCGCCUAUUCCACAGAUACACCUCCCGACACGCAACCGACGCAUCAUCUACUACGCCAAUCUGCCGGAAAUCGUGAGAACUCCCCCGAACGUGGAUCUGCGCUAUCGCAACUACAACAAAUUCGGCAAUCGUUUCGAUCCGUUCUAUCCGACGAAAGCACCAAUGAGUUCGUACAAGGCACCAUCCACCAGCAAGUAUGACGAGCGAAAUCCAGGCGAUCGUAAGGAGGAUAAGUACGUCAGUUCUACACCGAUCAAGAUCGUGCGGGAAAUCGCCGCCCAGCAGGAAUCACCGGGAGCGUCGGGAAACUUGGCCGGUCGUAGACAGUAUACGGUGAAUGGUGUUGGAGGAUCCAGUGCCCGGUCCAAUAGCUAUUCGGAUGGAGAUCAUCACGACCAGGAUAGGUCUUAUUUUGGUAGAUACCAUUGAAGGGAGCGACGGAGUGGCGGAACGUAGAUUUUGUAAUAGGUUGUAGUGAUUAGUUGUAGUGGAUGGUAGUGUAGUAGAUGCUUGUGAUUUGAAGGAUGUUGCAAUAAAGAUAAUCUUCUAGCAAGUUGU